AACGCAGCGUUUCGCAGCACUGGAUCCGAACCCGGCUGCCUUCGAGACGUGGUCUUGGGCGACCGUGGGUGGGCAGGGAGGAAGGUUAUUUUAUUGUAUUUCAUAUAUGAUGGUGAGGGAAGUGAAAUAAGUGGAGACGCGAGGACCGCAAUUCCCUGUAAUGAAAAGAAGCAUAAUUGAAGAAGUGGGCUGGUUGCCCCCGGCUUUUCCCGCUGAGGUUGCGGGGGUGGUCUCAGUGGAGGCGGCUGGGGCGUGAAGUCCCCGUCUCUCCUCCCCUUUUCCACUCCCCCCUGCGACCCUCCCCUCUCCAGCUCCUGUGUCAGUUUAAAGUCCAGGAUAUGAUGAUGACAGGUGUGCACACAACAGUGACUGCUGACGAUGAGGCGGGGGGGAAGUUCCUGGCAGAGCAAAGUCUGAUUACUUGGUCAUUCUGCUGUCAAAAACAAACAAACAAAAAAACCAAAAAAAAACAAACAAACAAAAAAAACCCAUCCCCAUUCCCACCCAGUCAUCAAGCCCUGCACUCAGUCCACUGAAGUAAUCGCCAAUAGCUUUAACUCCAAUUCCUAUUUGAAAGGACGAUGUUUUGGGUUACUUGGAUAGUGGGACUGAAGGCAAUAUUAAGUGUAUUCUGUUUUUUUCUUUCAUGGCUUUGUAAAGAGCGGAGAUGAAGACACAAGUGACCAUCGACAACAUGCAUUUGUUGCUUCUUGUUUUCUUGGUGUGGGACCCAGCCAGGUUGGUGCUGGCUAACAUCCAAGAAGAUGAGGCUAAAAAUAACAUUACCAUCUUUACGAGAAUUCUAGACAGACUUCUGGAUGGUUACGAUAAUCGGCUUAGACCAGGACUGGGAGACAGUAUUACUGAAGUCUUCACUAACAUCUACGUGACCAGUUUUGGCCCUGUCUCAGAUACAGAUAUGGAAUAUACAAUAGAUGUCUUCUUUCGACAAAAAUGGAAAGAUGAACGUUUAAAAUUUAAAGGUCCCAUGAACAUCCUUCGACUUAACAAUUUAAUGGCUAGCAAAAUCUGGACUCCAGAUACCUUCUUUCACAAUGGGAAGAAAUCAGUAGCUCAUAAUAUGACAAUGCCAAAUAAGCUGCUUCGAAUCCAAGAUGAUGGGACCCUACUGUAUACCAUGAGGCUUACAGUUCAAGCUGAAUGUCCUAUGCACUUGGAGGAUUUUCCAAUGGAUGCUCACUCAUGUCCUCUGAAAUUUGGCAGCUAUGCAUACACAACAUCAGAGGUCACUUAUAUUUGGACUUACAAUGCGUCUGAUUCAGUACAGGUUGCUCCUGAUGGCUCCAGGUUAAAUCAGUAUGAUCUGCUGGGCCAAUCAAUUGGAAAGGAGACAAUUAAGUCCAGUACAGGUGAAUAUACUGUAAUGACAGCUCAUUUCCACUUGAAAAGAAAAAUUGGGUACUUUGUGAUUCAGACAUAUCUGCCUUGCAUCAUGACUGUCAUUCUCUCCCAAGUGUCAUUCUGGCUUAACAGAGAAUCUGUGCCUGCAAGAACUGUGUUUGGAGUGACAACUGUUCUAACAAUGACAACUCUAAGCAUCAGUGCUCGGAAUUCUCUCCCCAAAGUGGCAUAUGCAACUGCCAUGGACUGGUUUAUUGCUGUUUGUUAUGCAUUUGUGUUCUCUGCUCUAAUUGAAUUUGCAACUGUUAAUUACUUCACCAAAAGAGGAUGGGCUUGGGAUGGGAAGAGUGUAGUAAAUGACAAGAAAAAAGAGAAAGCCUCUGUCAUGAUACAGAACAAUGCUUACGCAGUAGCUGUUGCCAACUAUGCCCCGAAUCUUUCAAAAGAUCCAGUCCUCUCCACCAUCUCCAAGAGCGCAACCACGCCAGAACCCAACAAGAAACCGGAAAACAAGCCAGCCGAAGCCAAGAAAACCUUCAACAGUGUUAGCAGAAUUGACAGAAUGUCUAGAAUAGUUUUCCCAGUUUUGUUUGGUACCUUUAAUUUAGUUUAUUGGGCUACAUAUUUGAACAGGGAACCUGUAUUAGGGGUCAGUCCUUGAACUUAGACAUAGGUUAUCUUUGGGAUGUAUAGCAACAUUAUAUUUGGUUUGUUUUGCUAUGUACAGUCAGACUAAUAACUGCUAAUUUGUGAACCAUGUACAGUAUGUAUAUAAUGAUAAUAGCUUACCAGUAGAACUUUAAUGGAGACACGCAUUUGCUGAAUCAUGGAACUGCUGGCAGAAAGCACUCCAUGCCAAAAGAGCCAUUGUCUUUUUUAAAGAUUUACCCUAGGACCCGGUUUAAAGUGAAUUUCAGAUGACCUGAUUUAUUUCCUAUUCUUCUAAUAGCAGUGAAAAUGGGACUCCUCAACAACCCUUUGUGGAUCCUUUUGGUUUAGUUCUUAAAUAGAUGUAACUUUUACUGUUGCUUAAUUAUGAUGGAAGAUAAUGCUGUCACUCAUAGAUGAAGUCUUCUAAUUAACAGAACCUCGUGUCUGCCGUUUAAAUUCCCUUCAUGAGUGCUCAGAAUCCCUGCUAGUAUAAUUGGAGGCUUAGCACACCUAAGAAGAAAAACUAGAGAUUUGAAAUCAGCUCUUAAUUACUCUGUAUAGUAUCUAUAACCAUGUACAUAUUACAGCAUGACAAACUCAAAUAAUUAUGAGUCACCCCGACAGGAUGUUAAUGAUGCCUACAAUUUAAUAACUAUUGGAAUGUCAUGGUCAUUAUAUUUUUAGCUUCAGAGUUUAUUUGAAAGUAAUAAUUGAAAUCCUACAAUUUAUUUCAAUCAUUGGAAACUACUUUAAGUUAAAAAAAAAAAGACAAUAAAUGUGUCUUACUUUUCCAGGUAUGUGUUGCAUUGAAAUUGAUCAGCUAAAUUUUCUUGGUGCUGGAGACUGGAGAAAGCAUCCAGUGUGGUUGCUGUGAAGCAACAUUCAUAUCGGAUUAGAAAAUUGUGCCAAAAACUCCCACUGAUGAGAACUCAUAGGUGUCCCAGUCUAUAGAUGCACACUUAUAUGAUUCUCUUCUUUCCUGUUUACUGCAAAUUCUGCCUUAAGGCUUCUUUUCAUCAGGACUCAGAAGCCACGAAUUAUAAAGGAAAGGGCAGUGUAUUGGCACAUUUUUCUGUCUUGAAAGCAGCUCUUUCAGAUAAGAAUUCAUGUAAAUCUGCUUUUGUAAAUUGCAACUUUAAAUUUCGCUGACUCAAAUUUACAACUUUGUAUACCAGAAGAGGUUUUGGUAAGGGUUGAACAUUUUUAAACUGCAACUUUAAAACAUCACCGACAGAUUGUGGAUUAUUUCACAUGCACAAACAUAAACACACACACACACACACACACACA